UUAACGUUGGUAGUGUAGAGUGAUUGGUAAACAAAAGACGCGGCUAGUGUAUCCUUCCGGCCUUGUCAAAUAUUGAUUUUGAUUAUUUUAGUUUCUCUCUUGUUUAUCGUCGUCAACGAAACACCGAAGCAUUUUCUACGUUGUGACAAUUUCAUCGAAAGCAGGGUUCUACGCAUCGCUUCGAAUUUGGAAAUAUGGGCGACCGAUCAAGAGAUAGGACGACGAGGGUGUACGUCGGAGGGCUCACCGAGUCCAUAAAAAAAGAGGACCUAGAAGGCGAGUUCGAGAAAUACGGCAAGCUAAACUCUGUUUGGGUAGCCUUCAACCCUCCAGGUUUCGCUUUCAUCGAGUUUAACAACCAUACCGAUGCAGAAACUGCCUGCGAUAACUUGAAUGGUACAGAAUUCCUGGGUGCUAAACUCAGAGUUGAAAUUGCAAGGGGAAGACCACGACGUGGAGGCCCCCGGGGUGGUUUUAGAGGCAGCAGAGGAAGCCGGGGUGGAAGGUUCGACCGUUUCGAUGGUGGUCGAGUCGACCGCUACAGCAGCAGCAGAGGUGGUGGUGGAGGAGGUCGCUUUGGUGGUAGAAGCUUUGACAGAAGAAGAGACUUCCCUCCAAGGAAUGGUUAUGGUGGCAGUGGACCAAGAGGCAGCAGAGGAGGUGGUCGUUUUAACGACAGAUUCAGGUCCAGAUCACCAAACAUGGGAGCACCAAGACGUAGGGAUUAAGGUUUUUUAAAGUUAUAUUUGUAGGUGUUAGUGUGUCAGUGGUUUGGAAAGUCCAUUAGUACUUUUUCAGUCUCAUUUUACGAGGCUAAAUUAUUGUAAUUUACAAUCAAAUAUCAAUUGUCAAUGUGAAAGCAAUAUUAGUUUUGUAAGAACUUUCGAUAUCAUAUCGAUACAUUUUUGGCAAAGUAAAGUGACAUUUUUGGCGAAAAUCAUGUUUUUCCAUUAAACUAUCACUAUUAUUGUUUAGAAGAUACUGCCAAAGUGUAGUAGGCCUAGAAUUACUUUAAAAAUAAUAUAUGUAUAGGUUUACUACACUUUGGCAGUGCCUUCUGAACAAUAAUAGCGUUAGUUUAAUGGAAAAACAUGAUUUUCAAAAAUGUCACUUACGUUACUUUGCCAAAAAUGUAUCGAUAUUUGUAAAAUUUCUAUAAAAUAUAGCAUCUGUUUUUGGGUCAAUGAUCUGAAUUUUAAAGCUACACUAUAAAUGAAUCAGCGUAAACAAAAAUGUUCUAAACAACUUUUGUCGAAUACUGGAAAACUACAUAAAUCUAGAAUUACUCGUGAAAAAGAACACUUGCCCCCAAUAAAAAAACUAUUGUACAAUCAUCAGUAAGUGAAACAGAAUUCAUUGAUAUAAAUUUCAUAUCUAUAAACCCUUUUAGGGAACUAGAACACAAAAUAAUAUGUAUGAUAUCUGGACCUUGGAGGUAAACUAUGAUAUAUCCAAUAAUUGUUUUUAUAAAACAAUGAGACCAUAUUUUAAUGAUAAUAAUAUAUAGUAUUUUUACUACAAAAACGUUACGUAGGUCAAAAUUUUUGACGUAAGAGAACUGUCAAAACAUUAGAAUGUGACUUUUCGUUAUUGCUAUGUUUAUUAUAAACACGGCAAUAAUGAAAAGUCACAAUCUAAUGUUUUGACAGUUCUCUUACGUCAAAAAUUUUGACCUACGUAAUAACGUUUUUGUAGUAAAAAUACUAUAUAUAUCCAAAUUUGUAUAAUCCAACUAAUAAAAUAAGUGAAUUGAUGGAACUUAUUUAAAACAACACCAUGUCCACAUAAUGUAAUUAUUUAAUAUAAUCCACAUAAUGUCAAAAAAAUUCAUAAUGUAAUCCACAAAAUGUCAAAAGUGAAAAAAAGACACGUUUUUGUUUACACUGAUUCAAAUGUAUUCAUAAUAUGUUCUAUAAUCCAUGUAUAUUAAUAGUAUACACGGAUUAUACAUUUGACAGAAGCUCGAAACAAAUGACAAUCGAUGAAAAGCCCUAUUGUUGUACAGCCUUGAUUCACUGUAUCGUUCUGAAGUUAAUUUCUUAUGGUACCUUAAUACAAUUUACUAUUUUUACUGGGUAUAAGCCACAAUUUUAUUUAAAACAAGUUUAUUUUGACGUUUCAUAAGCAAAAUUAUGGCAUAUUCCCAGUAAAUUUAUUAAAUCGAUUCAAUGUAUAUUCUUUUGGUGUUAGUUGUAAAGAGUCUGAAAGAUUAUCACUUAUUAAAAUUAUAUAUCUUGACCUCAGAGGUAAACUACACCAUGUCAUUUCAAGCAACUGUGUUUAGCAUGUGUUUGCAACAAAGUUUAGAGCACUUAGAAAGUUAUAAAAAGCUGAUAUAUACCAUAAUUGUUUGAAAGACAAUAUGACCAUAUUUUAAUGAUAAUAUAAUAUAUCGUCGGUAAUGUGACAAUACCUCCUAUCUGGUUUUUCAUGAAUAUUGUAAGAGGGAUUUCAAACUUUUUUUAGGGUCACAUCCUGUUUUCUUAUGUUUUGACUUGUUUUGUAGUAAAUAAAUAGUUGAAUUUACUACAAAACAACUCAAAAAAUAUCAUAUGGAAAAUAGGAGAUGACCCUAAAUUCAUGAAAAAGCAGAUAGGAGGUAUUGUCACAUCACGGACGAUAUAACCAAUUUGUAUAAUCCAACUAAUAAAAUAGGUGGAUUAAAGGAUCUUAGGAAUAGUCAUAUUUGGGAAAUUAUGAAUUCUUCUUCACUAGUUAAUCUGAUGUGUCUAGUGUCUUAUACAAUUAGAUUCUACGAACAUCUACCCAAAAAAGUAUAUUCAGAAAAAAAAAAUUAUAUAUAACAUACUAUGUACUAAGACUAUAACUACUAUAUAUAAUCAUAAUCCCUCCUACUGUAAGGUGUAAGGAGACUAACUACUAUAAGUCAUAAAAAAGACCUUUCGGAAUUCUUCUACAAUUUGAAUUUUAUAAUUAAUAAGGUAUUAUCAAAAUAGAAAGUAAAAUAGUUAAUUACUACAGUUAUGAAUCAUAUUUCAUCACCAUUUUGAUGUUUAGUUGUAAUAGUUAUUUCAACAGUGGUAAUAAAAACUUCGAAAAGCUGUAGUGAAAAACUGUCAUUUUUGACUUAUACUCUUAAUACGUGGCAUGAUCGAUAUAUAAUGUAUUAAUUCAAAUUUAUUUGUAGAAUGUGAUUCUACAAAUUGGGUUAACCAAAUGUAUAUUUCAUUAAUAAAAUCAAGCUCAAAUUUUAAUACAUUUUGUUGACAUUUGUUUUAUACAAAUUAUUGAUUUAUGCAUAUAUCUGAAAAAAGAUUUUGUGGUGAUAAUACCACAUUAUUUAUGAAAAAAUGUAACUUUAAGACUCCUUAGCAAAGACCUGACAAAAUAUAUAUUUUUGCCAGGGAUAUUUUCUGAAGUUGAGGUAAUAAUUUGUAAAUAAUGUAGUAUUUCAAAUUAGUUAAUUUUAUAGAUUUUCAAUAUAUUGCUCAUCUGGAAGAAGAGAGUCACAACUCAAAAAACAGCUUUUUUCAGGAAACGCAGACAGUAUACGCACGCGGAAUAAUGGCACGUACAAAGCAAACAGCCCGAAAAUCCACUGGUGGUAAAGCACCACGCAAACAGUUGGCAACUAAAGCUGCUCGCAAGAGUGCACCUGCUACUGGAGGAGUUAAAAAACCUCAUCGUUACAGGCCAGGUACCGUAGCCCUUCGUGAAAUUAGACGUUACCAGAAAAGUACUUAUUAGAAAACUACCUUUCCAACGUCUUAUCCGUGAAAUUGCUCAAGAUUUUAAGACAGAUUUACAGAUUUUAUAUUUGGUAGGUUUAUUCGAAGAUACCAACUUAUGCGCUAUUCAUGCUAAGAGAGUGACUAUUAUGCCUAAAGACAUUCAGUUGGCCAGAAGAAUCAGAGGAGAAAGGGCAUAAAGAAAUAGAAGACAUUAAAAAAUAUAUUUUAGAACUUAAUUUAAAUGUUGACUGUCUUUCUAUUAGCAAUCAAGAAAACUAUAUAUUUGAUUUAACAAAUAAAAACGAUCAAAAUUUUGAGUUGUCACUUUUCUUUUAAAAUAUGUCGCUUUUUUAAACAUUAAUGCAAAAUACCUAGGAGAUUUCUCAAAAUACAUACAAGGGUUUUCUCAACUAUAUGUUAAUGUAGAACGCCAGAAUAUAACUGAAAACUGUCAUUGUUUCGGAAUAAAAUAUUGAUUUUACUGCCAAAAGAAUAAUGACACUACCGCCAUCUUGCAAUGUGAAACUUCUUGGUAAAAGUAUACGACUUUUGGAGUCAUUUAACAAGAUAACUGGAAUUAUGCAUUUCGUCAGUCUAAAUCGCAAAUUGCCUAAGUCACAAAUUGAAAAUUUUAGAGGAGAGACAAAAAAAGUGUGGAGUUUGCCUAUGUCCUAUGAGUAAAAUAACUUUCGUUUACCGAAAUUGCCGUGAAAUAAAAUAAUAAUUGCGCUUGUGGGAAUUGUCAGGCAGUAGCUUUUACCGUCUACUACUAGAUGAAACCAAAAAACAAUUUUCGCAAAAAAUGGACUUGGCAAUUUGCGAUUUAGACCGACGAUUUGUCACUUUUCUUCCUGAUGAGCGAUAUAUCAGUUUAAUGUGAUUACCUCAAUUUCCAUAAAUUUCAACUAGUUCAUUCAUCGUUUAAUCUGUAAUCAGUUCUAUAAAUAGUUUAAUUCCUUCAAAUAUUAAGACCAUAAGAAACUAUUAAAUGUUACAUUUUCAACUAUAAAUAAAUUAUUGUUUACCAAUAGACAACUGAUUACUGAUUAACAAAUAAUCAACAUUGCACUUAUCUUUUAAAAUGAGACUGAUCCGUUCUUAAGUUAUUCUAGAAUAGGCAUUUUUUAUUUUGUAGUUUUGUGACGGCUAAUGGACUAAACCAAUAUUUUCUUAAGUGUAUUUUUUAAGCGUUUUACUAAAUAAGACCAUGUAAUUUUGUUCUGAUCUGGUAACAUACUCUGUAAGGCUGUUUUUGGAUUUAUUUUUAUAUUACUAGAUUUCAUUAUAUACAAAAAAAGGAUGAGAAUCUUUCAAAUAGAGAGUUGUGCUGUUUUUGAUAUAUACACAUCAAUUUGUAUUUUGUUCUGUUUAUAUUGACAUCAAAAUGGUACUUAUAAUAAUAAAUUAUAAAAUAGGAAA